AUGUUGGAAGAUGAGUCCGGCCGACUGCGCCUGACUGGAAGCAUGCUCCGGAAUACGCAGCUAUGUACAGGAGCUAUCAUUGCAGUCCUGGGAACUGAGAACGCCAACGGAGACUUCGAGGUUAUAGAUACCAAAGUGCCUGAUUUACCGCAACAGCCCCGCAGAUGGGGAAAUGAUACACUGGACGCACCAAAGGGAGCCAGCAAGGGUAAGAUUGCAUUUGUGAGUGGUCUAGGGAUUACCGGAACUUCGAGCGAUACUCUUGCUUUGGAACUUCUGGCAGAUUAUUUGCUUGGUUAUACCGGUGGUGUUUCUGAAGGAGCACUACCUGAUGCUUCUGCAAUCACAAGGUUGAUUAUUGCGGGAAAUUCGGUCGGAGCAAGUAUGACUACGGACGUCAACGCCGAUAGUUCUACAAAGAGGACCGGUCCGAAGAAGUACGGAUAUGAUGCUUCUGCUUAUAAUGCAUCGCCUAUUACACGGCUUGAUUCUUUCCUAGCGGAGAUCCUGCCUAGUAUGCCCGUUACACUAAUGCCAGGCGAAUCUGACCCGGCAAAUUUCUCUCUCCCUCAACAGGGAAUCCACCGUGCGAUGUUCCCGCAGGCUAGGGCAUACUGUGCUCCGCCUCCUGCUGGUGAUAACAAGCAAGAGCCAAGUUGGUUCGACAGUGUAACGAACCCGUGGGAAGGGGACGUGGAGGGCUGGCGCCUAUGGGGUAGCAGUGGGCAGAACGUGGAUGACAUCCUCCGGUAUCUGAACUUCGCCGAUGAGGAAGGAAAUGUGGCCGAUGGUGCUGGAGAUAUAGAGGCGAGGAUGAGAGUUAUGGAGGCUAUGCUGCGCUGGAGAUGUGGAGUUCCCACUGCGCCCGAUACUCUAUGGUCCUAUCCAUUUCAAACGCACGAUCCAUUCGUUAUACAAACUUGCCCACACAUCUUCUUUGCCGGCAACCAGCCACAAUUCAAGACAGCUGUGAUUGAGGGUGAUGCCCCACUGAAGCUGAACGGAGCCGACACAGAGAUGACAGGCACAGAUGACGAUAACACAUCUGGCCCUCGUGUGCGCCUUCUAUCUAUACCCAAAUUCAAGGAAACCGGAGAAUUGACAGCCAUUUCCACGUCCACGGUGCUUUUAGUUCCGUACUCCAAAUGGCACGUUCCAAGAUACCACGAAUGGAUGAAAGACGAGGAAAUCCAAGAAGCAACCGCAUCCGAGCCCCUCUCUAUAGAGGAAGAAUACGCCAUGCAACAAAGCUGGCGCCAAGACCCAGACAAGUUGACAUUCAUUGUCUGUCUCCCGUCAUCAUUACAAGGAGAAAGCUCAACACCCACCAUUAAAGACACAGACGACGCCUCGGACCGAAUGGUCGGAGACAUCAACCUUUUCCUCCGUGUCGACGACGGCGAAGAAGGCGAUGCGGAGCCCCAAAUCAUCGGGGAAAUCGAACUAAUGAUAGCCGAGAAGAAUAACCAGCGCAAAGGCUUCGGAAAAGCCGCGCUGAACACCUUCCUACGGUAUAUCGUUGACCAUGAAGCGGAGAUCUUGAAUGAGUUUGUUAGCAGGGAUGAGACUGCCGCGACGGCAAUGAAGGGGGUUGAGGCGGUGCCUAAAUUUGCCUGUUUGAGUGUGAAGAUUGGUCAGGCUAAUGAGCGGAGUUUGGCGCUGUUUGAGGGUGCUAUGUUCAAGAAGGUUACUGAGGAGCCAAAUUAUUUUGGGGAGUUUGAGUUGAGGAGGGAGAGGGAGGCGCUGGGUCGGGAUAUGGUUGAUGUGAGCUUGGAGAGGGCUGGGGUGUCGGGGUAUGUUGAGGUGGGUUAUGAGAGAGUUGAGUGA